GAUGGCCCCGGCGCGGGGGGCCGCCUAGCAUGGCCCGGGGAGGGGCGCCCCCCGCCUCGUCGCCUGGCCCCGAGCCCCUGCCCCGCCGCGCCUUGCGGAAGCUGCUGCUCCUGCUCGGCUCCCUCCUCAUGUCUCUCUACGCCAGCUACUGCCUCGCCGGGGCGGCGCGCGUCCUCACCCGGGAGCCGGCCCCGAUCCCGGCCGGUCAAGGCGACGAGGCGCCCGGCACGCCCCGGGACCCCUUGCUGCAAGCCCAGCCGGGGGGAGAGGGCAACAAGCGGCUGCCCCAGGCGGUGAUCAUCGGCGUUAAGAAGGGCGGCACCCGGGCGCUGCUCGAGUUCCUGCGCGUGCAUCCCGAUGUGAGGGCGGCGGGCGCCGAGCCCCACUUCUUCGACCGCAACUAUGGCAGGGGACUCGCCUGGUACAGGGAAUUAAUGCCAAGAACUCUGGAUGGGCAGAUCACCAUGGAGAAAACUCCCAGCUACUUUGUCACCAAGGAAGCCCCGGCUCGGAUCUCUGCCAUGUCGAAGGACACCAAGCUCAUUGUGGUAGUGAGGGACCCGGUCACCCGAGCCAUCUCUGACUACACGCAGACUCUCUCCAAGAAGCCGGACAUCCCCACCUUUGAGAGCCUGACCUUCAAAAACAGGACUACAGGCCUCAUUGACACCUCCUGGAGCGCCAUCCAGAUCGGCAUUUACGCCAAGCAUCUGGAAAACUGGCUCCUGUAUUUCCCCAUUGGGCAGAUCCUUUUUGUCAGCGGGGAGAGGCUCAUCAGUGACCCGGCCGGCGAGUUAGGCCGAGUGCAGGACUUCCUGGGCCUCAAGAGGAUCAUCACGGACAAACACUUCUAUUUCAAUAAAACCAAGGGUUUCCCCUGCCUGAAGAAGGCCGAAGGCAGCAGCAAGCCCCACUGCCUGGGCAAAACGAAAGGGCGGACCCACCCCAACAUCGACCAGAAGGUGGUGCAGAGGCUGCGAGAGUUCUACAGGCCUUUCAACAUGAAGUUCUACCAGAUGACUGGACAUGACUUUGGCUGGGAUUGAGGCUGCAGGGGAGGGCAAUAAUUUAAACAAAUAAAAAAGAAAAAUAUAUUUUUGUACAUACCAAUAGAGAGGGGAAAUUAAUAUUUGUGCUAAUGUCUGGUGGUUCCAAUUAAUAUUUUCAUUUUGAUGCAAAUGUCAUGGUUUUCUCCUUUACUGGCUUUGUUGUUCCAAAUUUAUAGUACCCAAUUUAACAAAUACAGAAGACUGUCAAUUGAGGUAUGGCAAAUGAGUCCAAUAUCUUGGAAGACAUCUUUCAUGAUUUCCGUGUGACAUUUUUUGAGUUCUUAUGAAGUAACUUGGAGCCAUCUGUCUGUUACU